UUAAGAAGCUGCUACAGCUAUACUGUAAGGUUAAGAGUUUAUUCUUUCAAAGCAGGUCUCCUCAUCUCUUAAACGCUAUAUAUAUUAAGUAGAUAAAAACUGCAAUUUCUAUUUUGGUAGCAUUUAGGAUCUACAAAAGUGAUCUUUCAAUUACUUGGAAUUUCAAAAUAGAGGUUACCUAGUAACAAUGCACCAGUAGAACACAAAAUACUCUGAUUUUGUUUAGUCUGUGGGGGAAAAAAAAUCUUUAAACUGGAAAGAUUCUGUAGCCUUACGAAGAUCAUUACAUUGGAAUUGGAAUUACUGUAGUUCGUUUUUCCCUCUAGGAGGGCAGCCAUUUCUCUACAAGUUUUGUAAAAGUUAAGACUCGGAUUUCAAAAUGCAAGCAGAUGUUGAUGAAGCAUACGAAAUGGGCAACUCCAUUUCUAUUUCGGAGCCGCAGUGACUCCGACUUUGUGCCCCAAGCCUGUAAAGCACAAAACCUCAUCCCUUUGGUGUAAACCUUCAAGAGAAGUGGGGCAGCACACUUCACGCUUUUCACCAACAGGCUGGCGACAUGCUAGGUCAGGGUGUCCGGGGAAUCGGGGCUGAAUGGGAGAGAUCUUGAGGGCAAGAGCCUCAGAGACCUUCAGGCACCGGGCUCGUGAAGGUUUCCACGUGCCCCUAUCUAGCUGGUCCCAGGGGGAAUUAGUGGUUGCUACAGUAGUUUAAGAGGGCCGUGGUUUUUCGCACCCCGGGCGGCGAGAUGGCGCUUUGGUGUAAGCGAGGUAAGGUGGGUGCACUGGGAUCUCCGCUCUCGGAGCCUCCAGUUGACUGCCACGCCGACUUGCGGCCAGACCUGCGACCUCCGCCCUCCCCCGCGGCGCCAGCCUCUGGAAUCUGGCGUCGCCCCCACUUCUCCAGUCGAAGUGGGAGUCCCUCUGUGCGGGGCCUCGCCGCCAUACCCAGGCCGAAUGGGGGUGGGGAGGGAAGUUGGCAGAGCUCGGCCUCAGGAUCCGCGCCCCUGUGGAAGGACGGCAGAGGAGAGCCGUUUCACCAGCCUCUCCCCUGCUGGGGUCUCGGGAAACACGCGGUAAUCACCGAAGAACCCCGCACUCUGUGAGAGGCGAGGCUGCGAGGUUGCCGGGACAUUUUGAGGACCGGGCUCGGCCGGGGAGACUCCAACCUUCACCCUCCCUGGCCCCCGGUCCCACUUCCCGCCUUCUCCCGGCGCCGCCACUUCAGGCAGCCCACUCGGCCCGGCCUCUCCCCGCGCCCGGACCACCCCCCACGGGGUGCUCUCACUGCGCAGCGAGUCCCUCCGCUGCCUCCUCCCAGCCCAAAAUGGCGGCGAUGGCCGCCGAUCUUCUCGUCGCCUUCCUCAAAGGCCAAGGAUCCCUCCGCGCGUGCUGCCCCGCCCAUCUUAGCCGGAUCUCUUUUCUGCCCCGUAAAGAUUAACGCCAUCAAUGAACUCUUUAAUUGAGUUCGGAGAAGGCGGGUCCAGUUGUGCCUCCUCACAGUUAAUCGUUGCCAAAAGUGAGACUAUUGGCAGAAGGCUUAACCAAUCAAAGAAGGCAGCGAUGCACGCGCGUUCUGUCCCCGCGCAAGGGUAGAUGGGUUUUGGAGUUUUGGGUGGGGCUGUUGACGUGACAGGCGCUUGGAUCGCUUUUCAGGCUAAAAGAACUACAAUCCCCAGCAGGCACCGCGCGUCCAGGCUAUCUCCUCCCCCCAUCUUAGUGGCCUGAGCGGCUUCACCACAGCUGCUGCAACUGCAGCAAGAGGUAGGGCUGAGGCGUUGGGAAUUGCACCGACAGGCAGUCGCACAGAAAGACACACAGAUGUAGUGGUGUGCAUAGCCCUUGACAGCGAAUAGGUCAGUUCCACUUUUGCAAAACCUCUUUCCAUGACUCUCUCCCCUCUUCCAAGAAAUCCAUCCUUAUCCCAGUUGGGUUUCCCGCUCAGCUGCAUGUAGCGCAAAGACCUCUUUCCCCUUUCCCCUGUUUCCCUUUUUGAGAGGAAGGAGGGAGGCAGGCCAUGACCUUAGAGGAAAAGGCCUCAGCACUAGGCUUGGCCCAGGUCCCAGCUGUGCUUCUGGCCUUUGGAGCCCAGCUUGGGGAGAAGGUUGGGGUGCAGGGCUGCAUCAAGAUUGAGGCCCCUGGAGACAGUGGGAAAGGACUCCUGAGCUUGCUCCAUGUUCUCCCGUGGCAGCAGCAGCCCCGCUGCACUCCCAGCCUUCCCAGGCAGUCCUCCUUUUCCCCUUUGGUGGUUGGGAAAACAAAGCUUACACCUGGCUUCCUGGCUGCCAGUCUGGGCCUCGAUGACUUCCAGGAGGACAGUACAGGACAUGAGCCCUGGUGAGAGACCCGAGGAACAGGACAGGGAAAACGGCUCCUGAAUCCCAUUUGGCCCCUUGUUGGCUGGAGGUGUGAAAACCAGUGGUGGAGGCAGCCUUCGGGGCCUGCAUUUGAGAAUAAGGGUAUGAAGAGCUGGGGUACAAAAUGGCUGCCGCUGCCUGGGCAAACAAUUCUGGGCAGCCAGAGUCUUCCUGAGAACGUUCCUUCAGGACUUGGGUUUCUGAUGUUGUUCAAAGCAGGUGUCACUAGUUCCAGGUGUCUGCUGAAAGAUUUGGAACGGAAGAUGAUGGCCACUCCGAACCAGACCGCCUGUAAUGCAGAGUCACCAGUAGCCCUGGAGGAGGCCAAGACCUCUGGUGCCCUGGGGCGCCCCCAAAUACCCCCUGGGCCUCAUGAUUCUGGUGGUUCCCUGCCCCUGACACCCCGGAUGGAGAGCCACUCAGAGGAUGAAGAUCUUGCUGGGGCUGUCGGUGGCCUGGGCUGGAACAGUAGGAGUCCCCGGACCCAGAACCCAGGGGGCUGCUCAGCGGAGGCUGUGCUGGCCCGGAAGAAACACCGUCGGCGGCCGUCGAAGCGCAAACGGCACUGGCGACCCUACCUGGAGCUGAGCUGGGCUGAGAAACAACAGCGGGAUGAGAGGCAGAGCCAGAGGGCCUCCCGGGUCCGCGAGGAGAUGUUCGCCAAAGGUCAGCCUGUGGCCCCCUACAACACCACCCAGUUCCUAAUGAAUGACCGAGACCCGGAGGAGCCCAACUUGGAUGUGCCCCAUGGGAUCUCCCACCCAGGUUCCAGUGGGGAGAGUGAGGCAGGGGACAGUGAUGGGCGGGGCCGAGCGCAUGGUGAAUUCCAGCGGAAGGACUUCUCUGAGACUUACGAGCGCUUCCACACCGAGAGCCUGCAGGGCCGCAGCAAGCAGGAGCUGGUGCGAGACUACCUGGAGCUGGAGAAGCGGCUGUCGCAGGCAGAGGAGGAGACUAGGAGGCUGCAGCAGCUGCAGGCGGGUACUGGCCAGCAGUCCUGCCGCCAGGUGGAGGAGCUGGCUGCCGAGGUCGAGAGGCUCCGGACUGAGAACCAGCGGCUUCGGCAGGAGAACCAGAUGUGGAACCGAGAGGGCUGCCGCUGUGAUGAGGAGCCGGGUACCUAAGGGUGCCUCCCAGCCUGGUGGACCCAAGGAGAAGGUCCCAUUUUGUGCACACUCAGGCCAGUUGGGUCUCAAGGAGGCAGGUGGCAGAUGAAAACCACCGUCAACACCCUUUGCCCCCUGAGAACAGCUAAAUGGGUUCAGACUCCCACCUCCCCGUUUCCACAGUUGGCUCUUUCGUGUCAUCUUACUCUUUACAGAGAAAUUAAAUGGUCUUGGUGGGACCAAAUGGGA